AUGACCGAUUACAAGUUCGAAGGCUGGUGUGGCCUCAGCCCUGAGGCUGGCAAGGGCAAGAUGGUCUGGCAGGAGUUCGAGCCGAAGCCCUGGGAGGAGAUAGAUGUCGAUAUCAAGGUCACGCACUGUGGUAUUUGCGGCUCGGACCUGCACACUCUUCGUAGCGGAUGGGGACCGACCAAUUAUCCCUGCUGUGUGGGGCACGAGGUUGUUGGCACAGCGGUGCGUGUGGGUACGCAGGUUAAGAACGGCAUCAAACUCGGAGACCGCGUGGGUGUGGGAGCUCAAAGCGGAGCUUGUCUCAAUGUCAACAAGGACUGUGAAGCUUGUGCGAAUUCUCUCGAGCAGUUCUGUAACAAGAUGGUCGGAACUUACAACGGAGUGUACGCAAAUGGAGGCAAAUCUUACGGAGGAUAUGCCACGUACAACCGGAGCCCUUCACACUUCGUGAUCAAGAUUCCGGAUGCGAUUUCCUCGGCGGACGCUGCCCCCAUGUUGUGUGGUGGCAUCACGACCUACUCUCCUUUGAAGCAGAACGGAUGUGGUCCAGGAAAGACUGUCGGAGUCGUGGGCAUUGGUGGCCUGGGUCACUUUGCCAUCCUUUUCGCUAAGGCUCUCGGUGCUGACCGCGUCGUUGCCAUCUCGCGCAAGUCGGACAAGAAGGAGGAUGCUCUGAAGCUCGGUGCUGAUGACUUCAUUGCCACCGGUGAGGAGGAGGACUGGGUCACCCGUCACGGACAGUCUCUCGAUCUGAUCAUCUCGACUGCCUCCUCUUCCAAGAUGCCCAUCGCCGGAUACUGCAGCCUGCUGCGUUAUCGCGGUACCUUCAUUCAGCUCGGUGCCCCCGAGGAUGGUGGCCUUGAGAUCCCCGCUUUCGUUCUGAUCAUCAAGGGUAUCAAGCUUGGUGGUUCGCUCAUUGGUAGCCCGGAUGAAAUCCGUGAGAUGCUGGAGCUUGCUGCUGCCAAGGGCGUCAAGCCUUGGAUCCAGGAACGCCCCAUGAAGGAUGCCAACCAGGCCAUCUUGGAUAUGGACAACGGUGAUGCGCGUUAUCGUUACGUUCUAGUCAACGACGCGUGA